CAACAUGGCAAUAUAUUGAGCAUUUUAAUAAACGGUGUGGCGUUUCCGACACUCUUAUGGCACCUGUACGCCACUACCCAACUACCGACAUACACCUUGCACUACCUAUUCACAUUGGCAUGCGCAAAUACCUACGCUAGGUGGCGCAAAGGGUUACACGGACAGCUUAACAUUGCAUUCCAGGGGAAGAACUACUUUUGUUAACUCAGGACAAGAACAUCUAUAGUCACAACACGAACAACAAUAAGACGAAGAAAAUUGCAGAGAAAGUUGAAACCAUGGCAUGCGAUUAUGACAGACAAUUAAUCUACUAUACAAUAUUUUCCGAUGGAGAAGAAACCUCGCAGAUUGGUCGCAUGAAUAAAUACGGUGGAGAUAUGAAAAUCAUAUUCGAUAAAGGCGAUGUCAUUACUUUCGCCAUUGGCGUUUACCAAGAAACUGGAAACUUAUACUAUAAUACAGGGGAAGGAAUUGGAUUCCUUUCUUACACACAAAAUUAUAGCAAAACGAUUUUUUCUACUACGCCCGAGACCAAAGAUGUGGUGUAUGAUUUUGGAUUCCAUGGCAAGGGGACCAAUAAAAGAGUUUAUUGGUCCACUUGGACUAAUCUUUAUAGAUCACAACCUGGCACCUCGAAACCUAUUACUUUGGGAUUAAGAUGUCACCAUUUUAUUAUUUUAAAUCAAGGAAUGGUGUGUCAGUCCAUGAAGUCUGGUUUGUAUCUCGCAAAUCUGGAUGGCGUGAAGACUGAAUCGCUACCGAAUAUAGCUAUUGCAUCAUCGAAACUUGUGGACUUCGGUUGUGUGGGUUCUAUAAGUGAAGGUGUCAUAACAGCUGGGGGAAUUAUAUAUAUCCUCUGUUCAAGUCCCAAUCGACUUUAUAAACUGAGUGUAACAAACAAUGCAGUUCGUGGUUUGGUUCUUGAGCAGCAACCAGGUUUACCGCGUGAGAAGUGGUUUCAAGUGUGUGUAUGGCAUCAGGAGAAAAGCGUAAUGUCUCCACAAACAGGAACAUCAAUUUCUAAUUCAACGAUUUUCAUGGUGGUUGGGAUUGUAGCUGGUAUCCUCCUCAUGUUGGCUAUCAAAGCAGUCCUUAUUAGAAAAUGCGUGAAGAACAAACAAAAGAAGACGAUUGACAAAAAUCCAAACGAAACACUGGACGAUUCUGUUAUAUAUGAUGAAAUCAUGGACAACACAACUGUCCGAAAUCAAUAUGAAUCAAUUGCAUACGUGUCAAUUGAGGAACCAAGUCAUUAACCGAAUAUCACCCACAAUCUUCGAUAUUGCAAACACGACUAUCAACUUUGAUGUUGUAUCUUACCGUAAAAAGUUGGCGUCUGAUAUCCAAUAUUUAAGACAAAAUUGGCACACGAAUCGUCCCAGAAUGCUUUCCAGUCAUAUGAAGCGACUGGGUGAACGAGGCUUAACAAAUUCCAUAUAGGAGAAUAGUACCGGAAUAACCAGAGGCAAAGACUGCCAUUCAAUUCGCGUAUAUCGCCGAACAUAACAGUAAAACAGAAACGAUUGAAUGUAAAUCAGUUUAUAUACAUUCAUAUUACAUUAUUUUAUGCGUUGCGACCCAUUUGUGUCCAUUUCUAGGUGCCAAGGAAUAGUGAUGUAGCUCCUUUAAUAUAGUGCGUUGUGACAUACCCGUAUUUAACACUUGCUUUCACAAUUACUCAAUUACUCGAUAUCAUAAUUACAUAACUUUUUACAUAAUUCUUUUCAUGCUCACUGCUAUAUUUGUGAAACCCAUUCUGGUCGUUAAUCAUUUUCUAAAACAUCACUAUAUCUUGAAUAUGGUAAUUUAUCUAUGUGAAAACUGAAAACAUUAUAGACUUGAUAUAAAUACAUAUAAACCCGUGAAGCUGUGUCCAGUGUAAGAGUUGACAUUAUUACUGAAUGAUUGGUUUAGGCAUAAUAUACUAUUCAAAAAGUAGGGGAUAUUUGAUUUUGGGGGCAUAAUACUAAAAUAUGCAAAUGACUACGAAAAAAGUCACUAUAGAACCUAACAGAAGAAACAUUUUCAGUUACAUGUGACGCCCAAACGCACCAAUAGCUACCGCAUGGAAUGCAGGUGAUGCUUGGGAUCACCAUGGGGGUCCAACCCAAGAUUUGCACGACUCUGACUUUGAAUGUUACAGUCAUUGUGGCAUUGAAUUCCAGGGUGGAAACAUCAGUUUAAUUGUUUUAGUGACCAGAAAACAAAUUUUGAUAUGCGUCGGCUUACCCAAAAUGAAAGGUUACGUGCCCUUGGCAUGCUACAGAUCGGCACAACACAGGCGGUUGUGCGCGGACGAUGAAUGUUUCUCAGUCUGUCAUAAGCAGGCUAUGGUCCAGAUACCGUGAUACACAAUCUGUACAGGACAGACCACGCUCAGGUCGACCAAGGGCGACAACUCAAGCCCAGGAUCGAUAUAUCCGUACCUUGGCCUUGAGAAAUCGUGUCAUCACAGCAAAUCAGAUCAGCGCUCGUCUUCAAACAGACACUGGUGUGAGAGUGAGUGGCCAGACGAUUCGGAAUCGACUGCAUAGGGUCACCUUCGCGCCCGACGUCCUCGCGUGAUCCCUUGUUUGAGAGAUCAUCACAUUCAGGCAAGACGUCGUUGGUGUAGGGAUCGUCAACACUGGGAUAAUCGACGCUGGAGCAAUGUGAUGUUUUCAGAUGAG